AUGGACGAUAAUGGGAAGCACACGUCCUCUUAUCAUUUGGACCAGGAAAUAUUGGAUGCUCGUGGCAUCAGCAUGACAGUUGAAGAGGUGGCAGGUCUCUCCACUUGCAAGUACUCCGAGAGGGUGCAGUCCCUCAAACUCAAUGAGGAUGACCUUGCCUUCCUGAAGGGACUUCGGAGAAGGAUCAAAAAUAGACUAGCCUCCCAAAACAGCAGACGUCGGAGUGUCGAGCACCUCAGGCGUUUAGCUCGAGAAUUACGAGCGGUUAGAGCCUGCAGAGACGAUGCGCUUGCUGAGAGGAAGUCACUUAUGACGCAGAGGGAUAGUGUUCGGGCCAGCUGUCUUAGAUUAAGACGGCAUAUUGUUCAGAUUCUACAAGAUCGAGCAGACUCAACCGAAGUGCCAAUAUUAGAUUUAGAUACCAAGAAAGAAUCUCAAAUUACGAUACCAAUAAAAAAAAUCGCCGUCACAGAAACUAAGACGCCUCUCAUACCGGAAUGUUUUGAAAAAACAGAAAAAAAUAUAUUUGAAUGCCGCAUAGACAAACUAGUACAACAGAGCGUCAAUCACAUUUUCAAAAACGAUGUUGAAAAAAAAAAAGUUUUCGCUAAAACAGUUUUUAUAUCAAACGAGAAGUUGAGUUCAAAUAUUAAGUCUAUGGUUUUUAACGGCGAAGAUAGUUUGAAGUUACUCGAGAGUGAUGACGGAGUAUUGAAUUUGUCUCUUAAAGAAGGGAGAAGAAAAAGCCAUGGGAGGAAGCAGUUAGCUCCAAGAAGAAUUACCUGUGUCUAUUCUGAUAAUAAUGAUGGCGUCCUGGAUUUAAAAAUUAAGAAGGAGAAUCCGUGA